AUGCCUCAAACGGUCGUACGAUCCGAAGACAAUUGGGAGGACGAUUGGGAGCGCACCGAGCAUCCGGAAACAGGCGCCGCGAGAGAGGUGACUCCAAGCGAUGUUGGAAGUCAGACGCAAUCGGAACCACCUGGCUGUUCAUCAUGCUACCCUGAUACGCCGUGUGCCACAAGGGAGAGUUCAAUGGCCCCUCAUGACUCGACACCACAUCGUAGCGAAAUCACUAACGAAGCAGUUCGCGUUGUGCCUAAGUCGGGAACACCGUCAGCCGUAGUUGCAGUGACGAGAUAUGAAGAUCCUUGUCGAUCGCAGGACCAUGCUCCAGCCGUCGCGCAAGUUGCUCCUCUUCGACCAGAGCCGGAACCAAUUCAAUCUGCUCCCGUUUCCACACCGCUGGCAGCUACGCAAACACCGUCACCGAUUGAUAGGGUUACGGAAAACACUAGCGACACAGUCCUCUCUCCCCAACUUCAUUCUUCACGAUCACCUCCGACUGAUCUGGAACCUACCCAACAACAAACGACCGAUGAUGCCGAUGUAUCCGUCGCCAUUAAUUUCCCAUCCGAAUCUGACAACACUCCAGCCGAUGAAGUGACAACGCAGCCUAUUCGAGAAACCCCUGAGAGUUCAACCACGAACGACAAUAUUCUUAGUCCUGUUGUGAUUCAAGCAACAAGCACACCAAAUAACGUAGUACAAGAGAACAACGAAAGAAACCAGGAAACGAAAGACGACAGACAUAGUUGGGAACCGAAUAACGAACAUAGAAUGGCACAUACAAAUACAGCUUCUGCUAUAGCUGCAUCAGCUGCUGACCAUAGUGACAGUACGACUGGUUCGUUGUCAACACGAAACGGUCCCGAACGCAGAAGUGUCCAAAGUCGUUACAAAAAGUUUAAAGAACACUUCUCCGGAAUAAUGGGGCGUUUGGAUCAGUACAGAGCAGAACCGUCGCGUAGCGAAUUUCGUUCGUCAUCACGGACCGGCAAUCCACUUAUGGCGAACAUUUCCGGCAGUGUGGGUCGGCGUUCAGUCUUGGCAGCGGCCAAGAAUUACGGGGUACCGCCAAAUCGUUCAGCUGUAGAUGCAAGUUUGUUGUACAACGUGAAAUCUGAUGAAGGUAACGCAUCAAUGUUUCCGCAAGGUGAUCCAUCGUUAAGUCGUUCGUUUGAUUUCAAUCGUCAAGCUGUGUACGGCGACGACUUUGUGGAUGCUGCAAGGCGUUUGAGGAGGACCCGUCUGAGUCGUCCGAAUAGUCGGGCAAAGUCUGAAUAUGGCGUUGCUUCGGGAGAACAUGAGCAAUUUGAUGCAAGGACUUUUCCUCUCCCUCCACCUCAGUACGCAGGAAAUUAUCCUGCUUCUGGUCGCCGUUCAGUACAAAGUUCAAUGGGUGGAAUACAUCCUCAAGAGUAUUACGUCCAACAAGCUCAUAUGUACAAAGAACGACGUCGGCCUCAGUCGACAUUUGAUCCUCGAGCAAUGGAAAGGUAUCAGCGUACCGGAGGGCGCUACGGUCACUAUGAUACGUAUGAAGAUGCUCGAAGUAGUGUGUCCGAUGGAAGUGAUUCGGAUAAUGCUGAAAGAGGCGAGAGCGAAGAGGAAAUCAGGAAGUACACACAAAAGGGACGGUUUGGUGGUCCUGGAGAGUCAUUUAAUUCGAUGGCUGUUGGCGAGGAAAUGUACUAUUUUGGUGCUAUACAUCUUGAUCAGGCGCGUGUUCGCUCAAUUCUUAUGAACUUUCCGCCUCCUAUGGAGUAUCAUCGAUUACCACCGAUCGAGAAAGCUGCCUACCUCUUCUUCGUAGCUGUAUACAAGAAACAGUAUAGUGAUAUUGGUGAUUUCCAUCGUAAAUUUAAUCGCGAAUACUACAAAUACACGUGCGAUGGCGAUACCGAUAAUGUCGCUUUAUGGAAGAUAUGCAAAUCAAUGCAAGAAGAGUAUCAUUCGAAAAGAUUGGCUGAGUCGCAAAAAGCGUAUGAGGCUAGCCAGCGUCAAUUGUUUAGUGAUGAUCGCGACAGUGUUGAUGGCUUGAGCGAGCGGGCAAGUAUGGAUGAGAAUCAUGAUGAUAGGACGUCAGACAUACUAAGCAUCGAUUCCAGCCAACGAGCUCCAUUGAAACAUCGUGUACCGCAUGCUUUUGUAUCAUUUGGUCCCGGUGGGAAAAUGGUAACGGUGCAUCCUGAUUUGUCUGUAUCGGUUGUGCAGAUUGAUGAUAUCAAAACGGUGGUGUCAGAUCCCUACACUGUACGCCUCAUUGACAGCGCCCAAACAUUCAAAGGUCCACUUCUCAUUGGUCAGACACCUACGCAUUCCGUGCGCCUUUACAUUGAACGGCAGAUCAAGCGAAUACGAAACGGUGAAGUAGCAUCGGAGAAUCCUCGUGAUAACGAUGUCAUUGACUGUCUACUUAUUUGGCAGUUGCUUGGUAUCAUCGUGCAGCAACAAGGGCGUGUGACUGGCCCUGACGUAGCGCGGCUUUUGGUGGAAGUGGGAGGUUCCGCACCAUCCAGAGCCUCUUCAAUGACGCAUCAGACGCACCAUUCAGGUCGCGAGAAAAGUGUUACUCCUGCAGAUAGUGUGACCACUGCUGUUGGUCCAGUACGCAAUCAAGCCAUCAUGGACGCCCGAGCCUAUGAACGGUUCACCGAACUGCUCCUUGGCGGACACAUCGCGGAAGCGAUUGAUAGCGCGCUUCGUGAUGGCUUAUACUCGGAUGCUAUGAUAUUGGCUAGAAGACUGCUAGCGCAUGAUGUUGCGAAGUUGGCCGAAAUCGAGGAAAGAUUCAUCGCUACCCGUCCUCAGUGCAAUCCUGUAGUAACCUUGGUGUCUGUUUGCAGCAAAAAGCUUGUUCCAAUUCUGAUGAAUCCUACCGGUGAAGACUCUGGUAGUUGGCGUACGCAUGCGGCUAUUAUACUCGCUAAUCUGACUUCUUCUGAGGCUAUGGAAACUGUUUAUGAUCUUGGAAAAGCGUUAGCCAAACGAGAUUAUAAUUGCGCAGCCGAUUUCUGCUUUUUGGCAGUGUCUGUACUGGCUGGUAUCAACCCGUUCGCUCCAGCAGCUCCCUCAACACACGAAGCCGAAGGUCGUCAGAAUAUAACAUUAAUUCAUGCAUGUCUUCCUGACGAUGACGCCACCUCUGUGCGAUGUCGCUACGGAUUCUCCUUGGUCGAUCUUCAUGCAACUGAGAUUUUCGACUAUGCUGUACGGCUUUCGGACGCAAAUGCAUAUUCACCUCUUGGAGAAUCGCUGGAGUAUCAGAGGAAACGCAUUCAGUAUGCCCAUCUCAUAGCAGAAUUCGGAGGCUUUGCUACGGAUGCAUUCAAGUAUUGCAUGGAAAUAGCACGAGCAAUCUGGAAUUACUACCAUUUUCUGUCUGUAACAGAACUGACUUCUCUUUGUGAUUUAGCUGACAGACUUCGAUAUGCUGCAUCAGCGAGUGAUUGGGAGACAUCGUGGAUUGCCAGUCUGCGUGCGAUGAUCCAACAAAAGCAACAAAAUCAAGCAGGGGAAAUACCUGAGUCCAACCUUAUCGCUCAUCAGCAGUCUGCUCCACCAGUACCGCAAUCUCCUCAGUCUCCUCAGUCCACCGAUCAGUACGGUUCUCCUCUUGCGGAAACGUUGUCUGCAGCUGAUAACGAGAUCAUGUCUCCUGCGGCAGAAAACAGAUCAAGAUCUGCAUCGCUAAGCUCUGAGGCACGCGACUGGCAUGCUGUGCGCCAGGAUCCGCUUCAAAUGAGUCCUGUGCUACCGCGGUCGGCUGCUAUCAACGCUGUAGUCGAGGAGAAUGAUGGACGUGUGUCCCGUUCUCGAACAGUUAGCAAUGCUAGUCAGCAUGGCCAUUAUGACACAUUCAAUAAGCAAACGCCCGAGAUGUACAUGCAUCCACCAGCGCAGUCGUAUGCUGGUGCUCAUGGAUAUGUUAACAUGGAUGAUCCAUCCACAAAUUCCGAGGAUACCAGUGCUCAGUCAACAACGGAAAGCACGCCUAUUCGCACAUUGAAUCAUCACACUGAAAAUAUGUCGCUACCGUCGCCACCUGUCCCUGAUUACCAGCGAGUUCAGCCACAACAUUUUCCGCCACAACCUCCACAGCCUGCUCAACCUGGUAAAAACGCUGCGCCUUUACCACAGAAUGGUUUGCCGGAGACCAACAUGAAGGGUGCAAAGGGUUUUCUGAGUAAUAUCAAAGAAAAGCUGAUGAAAUCGAUACCAAGCGGCAACGAAAUGAUUCUUCCUGACGAUAGCAAACCAAGCAUUGUCUGGGAUCCGGUAAAAGGUCGUUAUGUGGGUGCAGGUGUGGAAGAGGAAACAACUGCCGCCCCACCACCAAAGUUGGACAAUGUUCCUAACGCUCAAGCAGGUACCGGUGGUGGCCUUCGUGCUGCUCGUACAAGUGGAGGUUCUCGUUACUUCAACCCCUUGAACCAGGCAUCGACAAAUGGAGCAGUCUCUCCAUCACCUGCUGCACCAAUGCCGGUUAUGCAAGUCCCAGCCACAUUCGGUUUCAUUCCCAGCAUGCCUGAUGACGCUGGAGAAUCCGUGGAUCCGUUCAGCGGUCAAGCGAAUCCGACCGUACACGGCGUUGAGCUAACCCAGGCUCAGUAA